UGUUUUCCUGGUCUCUUUAUGUUUUUCCAAGAUGUUCUCAGUGCAGCUGAGUCUUGGGGAGCAGACAUGGGAAUCCGAAGGGAGCAGUAUAAAGAAGGCCCAGCAAGCCGUCGCUAACAAAGCUUUGACGGAAUCCACGCUCCCCAAACCAGUUCAGAAGCCACCCAAGAGCAAUGUUAACAAUAACCCAGGUAGUAUAACUCCAACUGUGGAACUGAAUGGGCUUGCUAUGAAAAGGGGAGAGCCUGCCAUCUACAGGCCAUUAGACCCAAAGCCUUUCCCCAAUUAUAGAGCUAAUUACAACUUUCGGGGCAUGUACAAUCAGAGGUAUCAUUGCCCAGUGCCCAAGAUCUUUUAUGUUCAGCUGACUGUAGGAAAUAAUGAAUUUUUUGGGGAAGGGAAGACUCGACAAGCCGCUAGACACAAUGCUGCAAUGAAAGCCCUUCAAGCACUGCAGAAUGAGCCUAUACCAGAAAAAUCAGCUCAGAAUUGCGAAUCAGGAAAAGAAAUGGAUGAUGACAAAGAUGCAAAUAAGUCUGAGAUCAGCUUAGUGUUUGAAAUUGCUCUGAAGAGAAAUAUGCCCGUCAGUUUUGAGGUUAUUAAAGAAAGUGGCCCACCACACAUGAAAAGCUUUGUGACCCGGGUGUCAGUGGGAGAGUUCUCCGCUGAGGGAGAGGGAAAUAGCAAGAAACUCUCCAAGAAGCGUGCUGCAACCACUGUGCUACAGGAGCUUAGGAAACUCCCACCUCUGCCAGUGGUGGAAAAGCCAAAACUAUUUUUUAAAAAACGCCCUAAAACAAUAGUAAAGCCUUAG